ACUUACUCACGCUGUUACUUCUGUACGUGGGUGUGCGUGCAUGCUUGUGUUAUUGUGUGUGCACACAGGGCUUGCCCCCCCCCCUCAUAAUUACAGAACUUUCCAUAAUGGAAUCUCUCUCAGCUAUGGAAGAAUAUCUGUUUUUCAUUUGAGAGACCUUCACCCUGCUACAGCCUUGUGGAAAGCAUCCCCAGUAUCAUUGGUUACAUUCUGCGCUGCCUUCGCUGUUCAGCAAGAGUCUGUGUGCAUCUGUGCUGAAAAUGGUUUCUCUUCUUGUCUUACAGAUAAAAUUGAAGAGGCACAGAAAGAACUUAAAGACCCCAAAGGCUCACAGAAAGGGAUAUCUGAAAGCAGUCGGAGAAAUGCAGAUACUAUAAAAGGCCUGAAGAGGAAAAAGGUUGUUGCAGAGAAUCGGCUAGAGAAAAUUCCAAAAUCUCCCGUGAAGAAGCCACUGCAGUUGAAAACACCUGAAACUGCGCUUCACGGAACAUCGUCCAAGGAAACUACGCCUUCUUCUUGUUGCUCUUCCUCGAACAGUCCUUCCCACGAUCCUUCAGCAUCGCCAGGUGGGAACAAAGAACCACAAUAUGCCCAACCUGUUGCAGCAUCCCUUCACAAGGGGUCAUCUUCCACUGACACUGAAAAGCUAAAACAGGAAGAAACAUCAUCUAGGCCUUCAUCACUUGAACCUGUUGAUGGUGAAGGGAGCUCGUUGAUUAAAGUGUCUCAAUCCAAAGACAGCACCAGCAGAGACCCCAGCUUUGAAGGAGAUCCUUACCACAGCAGUGCUUCGCUUGAUGUUCUACUUCAGGCCAUGGAGCCUGACUUUAGUACACUGGCUGAGAGGAAAAGCUCCUUGCAGUCACAGCCAUUGAAAAACCUUCCAUCCUAUGCCCAAUAUAGUGGUGAUUUAACAACAAUGCCAGCUGUUAAUAUUGCUGUCCAGAGCCAACCUUCCCAUAAUGCAGACUUAUUAUAUUGAUAGCAAGGGAACUUUAUUGGCAUUGCAGCACCAAUACAGGGAAAUGUGCAGACAUCUACACAGGGUACUCCAAUGCAGUCCUCUCCCACUUGCUACAAAACAACAAAAAACAUAAAAAAAGCCAACAACCCGCAUUUUAUGCCUGUUGCUUCAAAUCCGGAAAAGCCCAGCUUGCACAUGAGCUUUAAUACUGGAACCCUCCACUAUUAACCCAUGCACCUGUUCCCCUCAGGCUCUAAUGCGUUGCCACAAAGCCAACCACCAGUUGUUCACACAUGCCAGUGCCCCUUUCAGCAACAGUUCCCAGCAACCAUUCAGGUCCCAGUCACACCUGGCAGCAACCAAGUCCAGAUGACCACUGUGAUGAACUUUGGUGCUGACCAGGUUUCCAAGGACCAGAAGCUUAAGAAGCCCGGAAAGUAUGUGUGUGAAUACUGUAGUCGGGCAUGUGCAAAACCCAGCGUGCUGCUCAAACACAUCAGGUCUCACACAGGAGAAAGGCCAUACCCCUGUGUUACUUGUGGCUUUUCUUUCAAAACUAAGAGCAACCUGUACAAGCACAAGAAAUCACAUGCUCAUGCUAUAAAACUGGGUCUCAUUUCACGCUCUGAAUCUGGAGGUGGCUCGCUCUCUCAAGAAUCUGACAAAGCCCUAGGGACACAUUCGGAGGCGGAAGACAGUGGGGACAGUGAUGAGGAUGGUAGCACUGCAGACUUGGACCCUGACUCGUCACAGAGCAGUGUGGCAGCUUUGUCCGAAAAUAGUUUACAGAGUGCAGGUACAACCCAAGCAAGCCACGGGGAAGAGGACUGCUUAUUCGAGUCAUUUAAACAGACUUCCAGUGAGAGGGCACAUGAGCCCAAAGUAACAGCUUCACUUCCAAAAGUUGUUGUAUACCCAGUUAAUGUCUCCCCUCUGAGGGCAGAUAGCCCGAGAGUCACAUGUGCAGCACCUGAGCAAGCAGCCUCACAACGGCAACGAGAGUUCCAGAUAGCCAACAUGAGAUCAAGCAUCACAGUCCUGUCAUCUCUCAAAGAGGUGGACGACAAUCUUUCACUGGAUACUGUGAGUGAAGAUGAAGACCACCAGUGCAAGUCUCCCCUGUUAGGUGGAAACGCUCAGCUUCAGAGGCAACAAGCAACAGACUUUUCACAACAGCAGCAGAUCAAAUGUCUACUAAGCCCUCGCAGUUUGGGAAGUACCGAUUCUGGCUACUUCUCACGUUCUGAAAGUGCUGACCAGGCAAUGAGUCCACCCAGCCCAUUUGUUAAGAUAACUCCACCGGUGGACAUCGACAUUGGGAAGAAUACUCUUCCCAAUGUCCCUCCUGUGGUUGCAACAGUAAUGCAUGUAGCAAAUGAGCAAAAGCCACGUGCAACGGAAGGACAGAUGCGUCCACCAUUAGAAGUCAGGGCACUCUCUCUUGAAGAACGCAUUUCAAAGUUAAUAUCUGAUAAUGAGGCAGUGGUUGACAACAAGCAACUGGACAGUGUAAAGCCAAGGAGGACAUCUCUGUCAAGGAGAGGUAGCAUAGACUCUCCUAAAUCUUACAUAUUUAAAGACUCUUUUCAGUUUGAUCUCAAACCAAUGGGAAGAAGGUCAAGUUCCAGCUCAGAUAUUCCCAAGUCUCCCUUCACUCCCACAGAUAAAUCAAAGCCAGUAUUUCUCCUCUCUGUACCUUCCCAAUACCCGCCAAUGGAUUGUUUGCCAAUAACAAGAAGUAACUCAAUGCCUACUACACCAGGGCACUCAGCUCUUCCCCUUAACGUUGCCCCCCUCCCCCACCCUCUGCGAAUUUGUCAGUCAUUUGACGACAAAAUUAGUUCUUAUAGUGAUGAUGUAUUUUCAUCAGCCCCAUCAACCCCAAAUCAAGCAAUACAUUCUCGUACCUUAGUCAGACAAGUAGCAGUUGAGGACUUUUCCACAAGUGAGGGGCAUGGCCUCCCUACUGUUCGCUCCAUGGAUGAGGGCUAUCAUGGUCAAAGCAGUUCCAUAGAGCUGAUACAAAGAAGCAGAUCUUUCGAGCACAGUCAAGACAGAAACAGAAAGCCUCAACAAAAUAAAGGCACAAUGUAUGAAUGUGAAACAUGUCGUAAUCGGUACAGAAAGUUAGAGAAUUUUGAAACUCACAAGAAAUUCUACUGCUCUGAGCUUCAUGGUCCAAAAAACAAGCCAAUCCCAGUUAAGACUGAUCAAGAUGUUUUUCAUGGUAACAUAAUGCAGCCUAUAGUCCCCAGAUCAACUAGCGGCUCAGGAAUACUUGAUCAACAGAUAUCUAUUAGGAAGAGAAGGAAAAUGAAAAGUGUUGGAGAUGAGGAUGAUCAAUCUCCUACUGACACCAAUCCACCUUGUUCAGUUAGUUUUGAGCUACCAACAGCUCUGGCAAGUCAGACUUUUUCUCAGCAUGCUGUAAUAGUAGACAUACAGCCCAAAAAUAACCAGUCAAAGCUACCUCAGAUUCAGCUCAUAGCAAGAGGUAUUAACACUUUAGAUUCCAGACUGUCACCAAUUCGAGAAACCCAAAUCAUCACUUCUACUAAAGGAGAGUUGCAAAGGCAGGGCAGUGGUACUUCUGUCAUUAGACACACAAAUUCUCUAAGCCGACCAAAUUCGUUUGAGACUGAAUCUAUUGACAGGGCCUCUCCUGUUGAUAUUGAGAAGGAUCCCCUCAACAAGCACAAAACAGAUCCAAUAACAAAUGUUUCAUCUGAUGGCUACCAUGACCAAAUGUCUAAUUCCAAGAGUGUUGACUAUGGAAAACAAAUGAAGGAACAAUGCACUGUUGGUGCAGUAGUAGCAGUUGUUGAAAACUCUACUCCUGUCCAUCAGUCUCGUCUGGUUCGGCAAAAUAACAUUCAAGUUCCUGAGAUUCUGGUCACAGAGGAACCCGACAGAGAUCAUGACACGCAGACUACUGAGCCAGCAGAAAAGCCUCAUGAUCAGUUCAAUUGGCCUCAGAGAAGUGAGAGCUUGUCCAAAGUACCAGCAGAGAAACUCCCGCCAAAAAAGAAAAGGAUUCGUCUAGCUCAAAUGGAACACUCCUCAGGUGAAUCCAGUUUUGAGUCCAGCCUAUCGCGAAGCCUCAGCAGGGACAGUAGUCUUUCUCGUUGUUCCAGCAUAUCUGCCUCUUUUGAAAGAGAUGAGGCCUCUAGGUCAGAGAGCCCUUCUAGAGGGGAGUGCGUCAGCAAAAUCACAGAGCCUUCUCAAGGUUUACCAACAGCCUUCAACACCCGUGUGCCUGGAAUGAUGAGGCGUGCCGUAUCUGAACAAAUUACUUGUACUCAACCCUCUGUGGAGAUUUCCUCUGAAUACCGUAGCAAGUCCUUUGACUGUGGCAAUGUAUCUCCUAGGAGAUCUCUUUCACCUGCUGGCCAGCAUAAAAUUGGACAAAUCUCCCAUGUUACCCAGGUGCCACUUAUUGAAAGAAGACGGGGGCCAUUAGUUCGCCAAAUGUCUUUAAAGAUUAGCCCUGAAAGUCAGCAACCUGUUCGAAAAGCUGUCUUACCUCUAGAUAAACCUCCCAUUACAAAUGCUAGCUCUUUAACUCAGAAUAGACCCCAGCAGAUUCACAUUGCCAAUAGGCGCAUCAUGUCUCAGCCUUUUGUCUUGCAUCCUGGAGAAGCACCUUUGCAAAAUAAUGAGCAAGUGGUGCAAAGUAUUCAUUUGGGUAGCCCAACUCAGCAGCCUCAAGUCCACGGCCUUCCACACCCUUGGCACCAAACAUCAAGGGUUCAAAUAUGCCAUAAAUUACAACAGCCGUUGAGCCAGAUCUUAGUCUGUCGGGAAAAUAUCCCAAACAAACCAGCCGACUCUGAAGAAAAUAAAAGUUUUGUGCCCAAAUACCAAUUGCAGUGUCCCUCUCUGAGAGCAAGCCAAACAUUUCCAUUCUCCAGCACACAGGGAACUCAGACAGCCAUGCCACUUUUAGCAAUACCCAUUGCCAAUCCAAUUAUGAGCAUUACAAAGUCUACAGAUGUACUCCAAAAUGUAUACAUUGGUCAACCCAAGCAAGCCUCUGAGAUUAAGACACAGGCUGUUGUUUUGUCAGUUGAACAGCACAGGGCCACAUUUGAUCAGACCCAUGCUGGUGCUAUACCAUUGCCACAGAUCCUUAUAACUCAUGAGCAGAUUCAUCAUCCGCCCUCUUUGUCCAAUAAGAGUUGCCUCUCAUCCACUCACAGUGUAGAGAGUGAUACUCAUGCUGUAACAACUGCAAAGAAAGAUGCCUCUAAAACUCAAAUAGUUAGCACACAUAAAAAUGCUGGAGAACGAGCACCUUCUCUUGGGUCCUUACAUUGCACACAGAAACUGGCAUCAGUGACUCUAUGCCCGCAGCAGGAACCCACUGCCUCCAGUAAACGAAUGUUGUCACCGGCCAAUAGCUUGGACAUCUACAUGGAAAAGCACCAAAAGCGGGCUAAGGAUGAGCAUGGUGUGGCCUGCCUAACCGAUGGUAGGUCAGUCAAUUAUCUUAAUUCCAAGAUGUCAGAGGUUACCCGGCAACGGAAGCUAACACUUGUUAGGCAGGUUUGCACAACUGAACCGGUGGACAGUCCCAUUGAAACGGAGGCCCCACCUCUGCUGCAGGACAAAACAAAUGGGGAGAAAGACUCACAGGCUACUGAUGAUGUUAAGCCUAUGUCACCUGACAGUGUUGGACUGAAUAAAGACACAACCACUGUUAUUCAUGAGGAGGCUGGUCCUGCCCUGAAUACUACGACUGGUGGCCAGGGAACCUCCAUCCCAGCGAAUAUCACUCUGAAGCCUCAAGGGAAAGCUGAGGAACAAAGAUGGACUCCUGCUAAAUGCCUGAUAAGGCCCUCCAGCUUCCACGGUGGUCAGGUGAAACUGACCACAUCUGUGUCUGUGGUUAACACAAAAGACAGUCAUCGCCUGUCUUUUCCCAGCCUGAAAACUGCUACCACUUUCACAUGGUGUUUCUUGAUGAAGAGGAAACCUCUUCAUGUUCCACAGACUGACCUGAAGACUUCAGCAUAUGCUGUCUGGACUGUCAGCCCCAACAACCAUAACCCGCUUGGGUUGCCCACCAAGGUGCUCAUGUCUCUGUUUGACUCCAAGCAGACAUCCAAGAAAAUACACUACACCUCGGCCAUAAAAACUAGCGGGAAAUCUGACAUCUUGUCUUACUCAACCAAGCUGAAGGAUGUCAUGCCCAGGGUACCAAUAAUCCAUAAGUCUUUAUCAGUUGAAACCAGAAGUAAAGUGCUACAGAAUCUCAGGGCCAGCAACGACUCAGAAAAAAGAAGCACAUCUAAAACAGAACCAAGACGGGUCAAAAUAUUCGAUGGCGGAUACAAAUCUAAUGAAGAAUAUAUUUACGUACGUGGGCGUGGACGCGGUAAAUACAUCUGUGAGGAAUGUGGGAUCCGCUGCAAGAAGCCAAGCAUGCUACGCAAACACAUCCGCACCCACUCUGAUGUCCGGCCAUACCACUGUGUCCACUGCAAUUUCUCCUUCAAGACAAAAGGAAAUCUGACCAAGCACAUGAAAUCCAAGGCCCACAGUAAGAAAUGCAUGGAGAUGGGGGUUCCUGCAGGUCUCAUUGAUGAUCAGGAUGCAGAGGACUCAGGAGACCGGAGUCAAGUGAGCAGUGCCGACCGACAGGAUUCGGAUGGUGACGACUCCGAUGGUGCUGAUGAUGAUGACAAUGAUGACAACGAGGAGGAAGAGGAGGACAGCCAGGCAGAGUCUGGCCUUUCUACCAACCCAUCCGUCUCUGCCAGCCCUCAGCACAUCCCAUCCAAGGAGGCCGAGGUCCCUCCUAGCAACCUCCUAGCCCAGAUGUCAAUCAGCUCAAUCUCCCUAUCUCUCUCCCGGCCUGCCGCUCCUGAAUCCCACACCACAUCAGACUCUGUCCCCAUGAUGAGCCCUGUUUCCCUGAGCAAGCAGAUAUCCAUCUCCGGGUCCUGCUGCAGCUCAAUGCCACUCCCUUACUCUCCUCCGCCUGUUGCCAUCACAUCAGACUCCUACACCUCAGACACAGACUCAGUGCACAUGAUGAGCCCGAUGUCGCCAUGCAGGCAGAUGUCCAUCGACUACCCUGACUUUGAUGUCCCCCCUACCCCAGUGCCAAGCAAGGGCUCCAAGAUAGGCCAGGACGCUUCCUCUGCUCCUCCUGCUGUUGCCAGUGAAUCAGGCUUUCCUGUGGACCGGGGCACUCAGACUUCCUCUUAUGGCUCUCAAGGUCUCAUGCACUUUCGCCCACAGAGUCUAUCCCAAACAUACGGAACACAGACCCAGACACACCUGUUCAGCCACCUGCCCCUGCACUCCCAACAGCCCUCCUACUCCUCUUACAGCAUGGUCCCAGUUGGGGGGAUCCAGCUGGUGCCCGCCGGCCUGGCAGCUUACUCCACCUUUGUACCAAUCCAGGCCGGCCCCGUCCAGCUCACCAUCCCCACAGUGAGCGUCAUUCACAGAAACACAAGCCCGUUACCAGCUCCCAUCACUCCCCCCCAUCCAGAGGGCCAGUCAACCCAGCCAAUCAGCAGUGUGUUGCCCUGCUUCCCCUUGGGGCAGGUCACCGGCCUGCAGGCUCAAACCAUACAGCCCUUAGGUCUGGAGACACUAAACCUCAUGGGGCUGACCAACACAGGCCUGGCAUCCACCCAGCUAAUAUCCCAGCAAGCGCUCACCCUCAAUGCCACCCUGGGGCUGCAGGUUUUAACUGCCAACCCCACUUCCCACAGCAGCACCGGCCCCCAGACACACGUCCCAGGUCUGCAGUUCGUUAACAUCGCCCUGCCUGCCCUCAUUCCUUCUCUCAGCCCUCUCUCCAGCCUCAGUCCUCUCUCUGGGCUCUCAGACUGGCAGGGCAGCCCCGGAGCUCCGGGAGAACAGCCAUCUCGAGGUGAGCGGGGCUGCAUGCAUGCGUCACAACCCGCCCCUCUUAAGGGCAGCAGCUGUCCAGGGGCGACCCCCGGCAGCAGAGCAGAGCUCACACAGACUGACGAGAGGCAAGAAAGGGUUAAGUCCCCACGGCAGCAGCGGUCACCAGCUCCUCAGACCAGAGGUGGUAAAGAGUCGCCCGUAGAGGGAGCUAGUGAUCCUGCACCUCCACGACCUUCGCCAGUGACCAGCUGGCAGAAGGUCAUCGAUGACUAUAAUGAGGUGUCCAGUGAUGAUGAAGACAGACUGGUCAUUGCCACCUGAAAACCCAACAUGGAAAGCUCUUCUUGUUCUCUUUUUGUAAUUCUUGUCACUUUGUAAGACUGAAAACACUUUCAGGGGUUUGUUUUGUUGCAAAUCACCUUUCAAAGCACAGAUGCUGACAUUCAUAUUGUAUGUGCAAUCAUAUAAUUAUAAUAAUGACCAAUCUUUUUUUUUUUGUAAAUGUUGUAUAGACAAUUGUGCCUUUUAUGGAGUUUCUUGUUUAGGAACCUGUACAUAAUUCCUUAUAAAUUCAGUAGUUUCUUGUGUUUAUUUCAAAAAAUAGAAGUAAGGAGAGGCAAAAAAUGGAGGAUAUCAAUUUUGUUUGUCAUUUGUAAAUGUAUGGAAUUAUAAAUGUUGUACUGGUAUAUGUACAUUUCUAUGGAUUAUGAGGCAAUGUUUCUGUGUACAGAUGUUGUGUUCAACUAUUUAUUAUAAUCCAUCUAGUGCCCAUUGUGAUUCAUAAGUCCAUAGGUAUGUGCAUUAUGGUAGCUUUACAUUGCUGUAUCAAUAUUCUUAACUGUAUCAGUAAAAAUUUGUUUACAACAUUAAA